GCUGGGGAGGAGGCGCGCCGCCGCCGCGCGCCGGGACGCGGUGUCUCCCACUAUCCUCGCGCCCGGCCAGAGCCCGGCACCCGGUCGCCCCGUCGCACUGGGCCCCGAGGGCAUGCGGCAGCCGCAGGGACCCCCGCUCCCGGGCUCGGCGGCGCGGGCGAGCGCGAGCGGAUGUUCAGUUCUUCUCCACAAUGAAUGAGUGUCACUAUGAUAAGCGGAUGGACUUUUUUUAUAAUAGGAGCAACACUGACACUGCCGAUGAGUGGACAGGAACGAAGCUUGUAAUUGUUUUCUGUGUUGGAACGUUUUUCUGCCUGUUUAUUUUCUUUUCCAAUUCUCUGGUCAUUGCAGCAGUGAUCAAAAACAGAAAGUUUCAUUUCCCCUUCUACUACCUGUUGGCUAACCUAGCUGCUGCAGAUUUCUUUGCUGGAAUUGCCUACGUGUACCUGAUGUUUAACACUGGCCCAGUUUCAAAAACUUUGACUGUCAAUCGCUGGUUUCUCCGCCAGGGGCUUCUGGACACCAGCUUGACUGCCUCCCUGACCAAUCUGCUGGUUAUUGCUGUGGAGAGGCACAUAUCAAUCAUGAAGAUGCGGGUCCACAGCAACCUGACCAUAAAGAGGGUGACGCUGCUCAUUUUAUUCGUCUGGGCCAUUGCCAUCUUUAUGGGGGCGGUCCCCACCCUGGGCUGGAACUGCCUCUGUGACAUCUCUGCCUGCUCGUCCCUGGCCCCCAUUUACAGCAGGAGUUACCUCGUUUUCUGGACUGUGUCCAACCUCGUGGCCUUCCUCAUCAUGGUUGUGGUGUACCUGCGGAUCUACAUGUACGUCAAGAGGAAAACCAACAUCUUGUCUCCACAUACAAGUGGGUCCAUCAGCCGCCGGAAGACACCCAUGAAGCUCAUGAAGACAGUGAUGACUGUCUUAGGGGCCUUUGUGGUGUGCUGGACCCCCGGCCUGUUGGUGCUGCUCCUGGACGGCCUGAACUGCACGCAGUGUGGGGUGCAGCACGUGAAACGGUGGUUCCUCCUGCUCGCGCUGCUCAACUCGGUCAUGAACCCCAUCAUCUACUCCUACAAGGACGAGGACAUGUACAGCACCAUGAGGAAGAUGAUCUGCUGCCUGUCCCCGGAGAAGAACCCAGAGCGCCCCUCCCGCAUCCCCUCCACCAUCCUCAGCCGGAGCGACACCGGCAGCCAGGACGCGGGAGACGGCGUGAGCCACAGCGCGGUGCGCAGCGACGGCCACCCCUGAGCUGCGCCCGCCGCGGGCCCCUCUGGGGAAAGAGCCGUUCAGAUCGGGCACUGGUCUCCAACGACGCCCACGCUCAGUGUUAUUUGAGGUCUGAAUUGAUCGCUGGUAGACUGAAA